UUUUUUGUAGUAUUAAAAUAAAAGUUAGAAAGAAACAAAAUUUUUUUAGAAAUAUCUCAAGUUUUAACUUAAAUAUUUGUUAAAAGCUAAGUAAUAAUAACAAAUAAUCUGUUUUGCAGAAUAUUAGAAAAUAUAUUCACUUUAUAACUAACUAACUAACUAACUAACUUACUUUACAAUAAACGAAUUGCUAUUAUGAAAAAUAUGAUUGAUAACAGCCAAAAGAUAGCUAACGCAUGUACGGUUUGCAAAAAAUAAAGAAAAUCUAGCAACCCUUUUAUAUUGCAGUGUUCUCAUUUACUAUGUUUAAACUGCUUGUAAGAUUGCUUAAAUAAUAUCCAUUCAAAUUAUAUUGAGUGCCCUUCUUGUAAAAAGUAAACAUCUCUUGAUUUUUUUGAAAAAGAGCUUGACGAUUUUGCUUCUACUUCAGGUACACCACAAAGUAAUUAAAAUAUUUCUGAUAAUGAAUACAUCAAGCAGUAACAGUAGCAAUAAAAAAAUUAAGCUUAUCAAUAGUAACAGUAGUUAAUAUUAAGCAAAAAUGUUAUGAAAAAUUAGAAGAUGGAAGAUUGUUAAAAGAAUGCGCAAUAUCAGAGAUCAUAGAGUAGCCAUUAACAGUAAAAUACCAACUAAAUUAACGUUUAUUAGGACUAUUAUGCUGAAAAAUAAUCAUAAGAAACAUCUAAGAGCUCAAAGUAUAAAUAAGGGUCAAUGAGCAACAAUUAAUAUGUUAAUGAUCCUAAUAGCUCAAACGGAAUGUUUUUAAAUUCAUUCGAAAUUAGCUCUAUCCUUCCUCAUCCACAUUAAGAGUAGAUUUGUAUGAAUAACUAUAGUAGCCCAGUCUUUAAUUCUAUUCAGUAAUCCUACACAACGCCGUUAGACAUACUUAUAGGGAAUGAAAAUAAUUUAAACAACGAAACUUAAAAAAGGAGAGUUGAUAACGAGAUGGAAAUAGUAGACGAAAACGAUUUUUCCUAGUAAUUAGCAGAUAAUAUAAUACCUGAAAGUCUAAGUAAUAGCAAUAAAAAUUAAAUUUUAAACCAAGAGAAGUAGGUUUAAGCUGUCCAUUAAAACAAUCAAACUAGUAAUAGUAGCAAUAGCUAUAAUAGGUUAUAAACAAAUUAAAGUAAAAAUAGUGAAAGCCUUUUCAGUAGAAGCAACAGUAGUGCUAGUAAUCUUUAUACUUUGUAAAAUAAUAUUAAUAAUAAUAGUCUAAUUCCUAAUAACAAUGUUAUUUAAACAACUAGUACAAAUACUAAUUACCAAAGUAAUCCUGCAAACUAAUCAUUUUCUUAAAGCUUUAUAUAGCCUAUAUAACAGUCAUUUAUAUCCGUUAGUGGAAUUAAAUGUAAAACUCAUCCAGAAGAAGAAGCAAAUCUAUUCUGCUUUUAAUGCCAUGAUAAUUGUAUGUGCAUAAACUGCUUUUUACAAUCGGGAGAGCAUAAGGAGCACGAAGUUAAAAAUGUACGCAAUUCAUUUAAUCAAUUGAUUCCAUUAGUUUAAAACCUUAAAGAAAGAAUUCUUUUGUAAGUUAGUGAUUUAAAGAAUGAUGAGUAGUUAAUCAUUAACAGACAAAGCGAUAUCCGUAAUUUAUGCACAGAAACUUUAACUCAUCUUAAUAAACAAGUAAAAGAAAUAGUAGCACUGAUAACCUAAAAAGGUGAAGUGUUAAGCAGAGAAAUUGAAAUAUUUUAACAAGAAUAAUUAAAUGAGCUUACAAAUAAACACUAAAAAAUAAGCAAAUAAUUGAUAAAUUUGAACACUUUUUCUGACAGCUAUGAAAAAAUUUUAAAUUUCCAAGGUAAAUGCUCAGAAGCAAGAAUGUUCAAUUACUUCUCAGAUACAAAGUCAAAAGUGAAUAAAUAUAUACAGAAACUUUAAAAAUAAAAUGAAGAAAUAAGGAGUGCAUGUAGGACCAAGUAUACUUCUUGCUAUCCUGAACAUUUAUUCAACGAUAUUGAGUUAUAAAUAUAACAAAUAUCUAUACCUUUUACUGUUUCGUAGCCUUUUUCUUUACCCACUAGCUAGUUACCAAGUUCCCCAAAUUAAUAAUAAAUAAUGCAAACACCUAUUAAUAAUAGUAAUAGUAAUAAAAAUUCAAAUUUCUUUUAACAAUAACAACAAAUUAAUCAAAUACCUCUCCCCUAAUAAAAAAGAUUAUCAUAGUAAUUCGAUGAUAAAAGCUUAAAAGAAAGUAAAAUAAUUGAUUUUGACUAGCUAAAAAUGAAUUCUGGAUAAAUGCAGAUAGAUUUAAGUAAUAAUUAACCUAAUUCCUCUUUCACCUCCUCACAAAAGAAACUAAGUAACUCAGCAGUUAGAUAUAAUAAGCAACCAAGAGACUCAAGGAUGAACAGCGGACACACAUAUAAUGCAAGCAUGAUAAAUAAUUCAAAUUUUUAUGAUCAAAACUACUACUAAAAUUCUGUAAUAAAGAUCAACAGAAUAUCUAAUCCUCUAUAAGAACCUCUGAUGGAAAGAAAUUUAUUAUUCUAAGAUAAUUCUGCAAAUAAAACAAGUAAACCUUUCAUUGAUAUAAAGCAGCGUUUAGACACUAAUGAUUAAGACUAAGAAUAUUAAUAACAAUAAAUAACUAAUAACCCCUUUAAUUUAAAAUCAACACAAUUUUAGUUUAGCAAUUAAACAAAAAAUAAUAUUGUAAAACUGAAACUACAAGAAAUGCCAAUUGUUUUACCAUAAGAAAUAUAAACAAGCGAUUCGUUUAUAAUUUAGAAUCCAUCAAAUAAAAGUAUAAAAAGUACAAAUAGAAUAAAUAAAGUGUAAAAUAGUGAGAAUUUUUAUGAAAAUAUUCCAGUAACUUCAGUCAAAGAAUGUGUUUAAUUAAUAAAAAGUACACUUAAAUCUAGAGGUGCCUCACAUAGUCAAUUAAGAGAAAGAGUAUCUUAAAAUCCACCAGUUUCUAAUGAACCUUACCGCUACAAGUCUAACCUGAAAGAAAAUAGAUACAGCGUUCCUAAACUAGAUACAAAAAAAAUAGAUUAGUUGCUUACAGGAACAACUUUGACUUAAAAAUCUACUGAAAGAGAAAGAAUAGGGAAGUCAAAUGAUAGAAAAAUCAAAGAGCUCAAAAAAAUACUGAAUGAGGGAUGGUGA